ACUAACAUGUACACAUGUUUCUGUGCAGUAGGAUACACUGACGUUCACUGUGAAAGAGAUAUUAACGAGUGUCUUUCCAACCCUUGUGAGAACGAAGGUACGUGUACCGAUCAGAGUGCAAUGUACACAUGUACCUGUGCAGCAGGAUAUGAGGGCGACAAUUGUGAAAUGAACAUCAACGAGUGUAUGAGUAGACCGUGUCAAAAUGGUGGUCUUUGCGUGGACGGGAACAACCAAUACUUCUGUGUCUGCACAGGCAUGACAGUCUUCGGUUUCCCAGGCACCGGUUUCGACGGAACCCACUGCCAAAACAUUCCAGGUCCAUACUAUGCCGUCAGCUCUACCGUGAUCAACUUAAGCAUGAACAUCAACCAUGAGGAUAGUUUGCAUUAG